UCAAACCCGCUGACCGGAGAGCUUUGGAGCGAGCUCUGGUCCUCGGAGAAUGUGAUCUAGAUUCCGCAAACCGCCGCCGAGAGGAGCGCUGUGAAAGGAAGUGCUCACCCGAUGACCAAUCAGCAGCGAGAAGCCGUUUAAACGUCCCUCCCUCUCACCCCUCCUUCUCCACACUUUCCUUGCGCUCCCCCUCCUCCCGCGGCUCUCUCUCCGCACGGCCCUGCUCGGACACCGUCCCCGCGCGCCCGCCCGGGAUUCCGGAGGCGACCUGCCUUCGCGACAUGGCCGGCUCCGAGGCUGAGUGGGUAACCAUUGCCAAUAACCUUCUUUUGAAAUGUCACAUACACCUGAGGAUACAUGUACUUGAAGAUUGUGAUGCUAAUGUUUUUAUUGCACUUUAUCAGUCAAUUUUGGGAGAAAGGGUGCCAGACCUGAUAGUUACUCCUCGGAGUCAGGAGGACGAUGCACACAAUGUACAAGCAGUAAUUGACUCACUGGCCUUGGAUUACCUGCAGGUCAGCCUGUCGCACAUAACAGGAGAGAACAUUGUGAAGGGAGAUAAAGAAUCUAUUAAGAAUCUUCUGGAGAUAUUUGAUGGGCUGCUAGAGUAUCUUACCGAGCACAUCAGUGAAACGUCUCAUGAGAAAAGUGAGCCGGAGCCGCAUUUUCGGGACUCACACCAAGGAGGGCCUCUGGCGGGGGUGAAAGGCUCGUCGGGAGCAAGGAGAAGAGCGGCCCCUGGGAGGUGCUCCCCGUCAUUGGAGGCUGUGGAGCCUUCUUGGGAUGAAGAUGAAGCCGAGUCCACCGGUGAGAUCAUUAGGCUUGGGGAUACAGCACACACCUUUUCUCUGAGAAGUAAUGGUACCCAAGAGCCUACUGAAAUGCGAUCUAGGAAAGGCCCAGUGUCAACGAGUUCUAAGUCACAUGAAGUGCUGAACCCUCCAUCCAGUUUCUGGUCCCCAAGUAGGACAGCCUUUGUUGAAGACGUGGAAAUCCCUUCUGUGAGUAUGACUUCCAGUGCCAGGAAGCUAGGGGAGCCGAUUCGAUCCGCCAUUCCUCUGCAGCCACCCUACCACCCAUUCGAGUCUCGAGCACCCUGCCCCAUGGGGAAGGAGUACUUGCAUGCAGCCCGCGACUCCUCGGCCAUGAACUCUACUGGAGAGUAUAUGGUGCUGGCCCCGGAACCAGACGAUAGCGUUAUCUUAACUUCUAAGUCGCCUAAAAAUGAACAGGCAAUCUGUUCGGCUCAGGCCCACAGUCCCAGGACCAAAUGGCCUCCACAAGGAAGAAGAUAUGAAAACAGAUCUGCAGUUUCACCCUGGGAUUCACCUCUUCCCCAGAGGCUAAGCAGGAGGCUGACAGAACAAAAAUUGCACGCAGUAUCCAAGAAACUCUCUCAGCGGCUCUCUGAGCUAGAUUGGAUGUUAAAAAGUGCCCUAGGUGAUCGAAUGGAAGAAAAGACUGAUUAUGAAGUAAAGGAGGCUGGGAAUGAAGAGGUGGAAACUGGAAAUGCUGAGACACUGUCUCAGCAUAGUGACAGCGUCAUGGAGUGUGGGCCAAAGAAGCCAAGGCCAGGACUUGCCAUGCCUAGAAAACUACCCAACAGAUCCCACUCGCUGUCCCCCUCGCCAGUGAACAAGCGCAAACAGUGCCAUAGGGAGAGAGCAAAGCAGCACAAAGACCAAGAAACAGACAUGCGCCGAUUCAAAGCAAGGGCAAUAACUGAAUCAUUUGAAAGGGAACUCAGGAGAAACAAAGUGCAAGAGAAUGUCGGCCCACUAGGAAUGAACAAGAAGGAGGAGCAAACAGGAAACAUAUACAAAGAAGCUAUGCAUAAAAGGACACCAAAAUCUUCUCAGCCUUGGAAGAUGUCCACCAGGAAAAGCACUGCGCUGAGCCCAAGAGGUGGCUUCACAAAGCCAGAGAAAGCCGUUCCAAUAAAAUUAAAUGAAUAUAGUCUCCUGCCCGUGAUGCUGGAGCAGUUUCCAUUUCUCCACAUUUCUGGCCAAACCCUGAGCAAAAUGUGGAAGGAGCAAAUUGCACAGAUUGAACAGCUCAGAAAAGAUGCAUAUGGAGACCAACGGUCGAAGAAGAAACUCCAAGAUGAAAUAGAAGAAGCCUUAAGAAGGCAUGACCUCCUUAUUGCUCUUGUCAAGAAAGAAUAUGAACAUAACAAGAGACUGCAAGACUUCAAGGAUCGCAUUAAUAGGCAGAGGCUGACUCAAUCAAAGAUAAAAGAGAAUCGGCAACAAAUAGUCCGCGCCCGCAGAUACUACGAUGAUUAUAGAGUUCAGUUGCGGGCAAAAAUGAUGAGAAUGAGAACCCGGGAAGAAAUGAUAUUUAAGAAACUAUUCGAAGAAGGUUUACAAAUCCAGAAGCAAAGAUUGCGGGACCUGAGAAACUAUGCUAAAGAAAAGCGAGAUGAGCAAAAGCGACAGCACCAGAAUGAGCUGGACUCGAUGGAGAACUACUACAAAGACCAGUUUUCUUUGCUGGCAGAAGCCAUAUCGAAAGAACGCCAAGAACUCAAAACCAGAGAGAAAUGUCAGACUCAGACGUUACACAAGGUGAAGAGGGAGCUGAGAUCAAAAAUGGAGAAGGAAAUUCACCAGCUGCAGAACCUGAUAACACAAAAUGAAGAUGACGCUUUCUUCCGGGAACUGGAAGCUGAGCGCUUCAAAUCCCGGCUACAUCUAGCUUCCUUUCAGUACAGUAUGCAUUCAUGACCGAGAGGCCAGGCCUCAGCAAGGCACGUUUCUAGGACUCCUUACUAGAGCACAGUGAGAAUUGAAUCAGGAAACAGUCUAAACCAGAAGAGCCUUUUUUAAAUGCCUUAUCUAUGUACUCAUCACAGUACUUUUUAUGAAUUUAAAAAUAAAAAUUGUUUUCUUAAAA